GUAAUGUGGACGGUUAGUAGAGGAUUUGAUGUGUGUCCCGUAACAGGAUAGCCUUUGCUGCUGAAACAUUUCAAUCAAGGCCUCCAUGGAUGAACAAGAGGGAUGGAAUUUGGAUGCCCAGACAAAAAACACCCGCAGAUCCCACGAAAACAACCUCCAGUUCAUCUGCGAGCUCCCUGCAGAGGCAGCAGCGCAGCAGGCUUCAGGAGAUGGCCGGGACGAAGUCGUGGUCAGACUCCCAGGGCAGUGCAAUGUGCACCAGCUGCGGCUGCGUCUCUGCAUGCUUGCUCAAGAGCGGAAUCAGCUGCCAGACGCGCUUGGACUUUUGGACCCUGAGAGAUAUCGGCUGCUGUACACCAAGACGAAUGACCUGUAUGAGAUAUACGACGACUGCCAAGUUCUCAAAACACUAAACGUGCCCUGGUCUCUGGACUCCCAUGGCAUUAGAACAACCCGAAUCUGUGUCAGAGAAAAGAAAAUGGUCUACGCGGACGAUGUUUCGAAUUACCAGCAGGAGCUAGCCAAGCUUAUUGGUCAUGAUUUGAAUUCGACUUCAGGGAAUAGGUUGAGUGAGCUGAGCUUCACGCGCCGAAAGUUUGCCUCGCCCCGCAGGGAGGAGCUGAAAUGUAGAGACCGAAAAUCGUACGCCAUUGAGCCGUGGACCACAACCACGCCCCUCCCAAAAGACCUCCAAGAGUGGCUGGAGCGCAAACUGCCAGUCACAGUCUAUUUCAAGGACAGAGGCUUUUGUGUAAACACUGACAUCAAAAUCUCCCCAGAUAAUCUGUUAAAGGGACUGCAGAAGACAGUUAGUGAAAUGGACCCUUCCUUUGACUGGUCCACGCUGGAUGCAGUCUUGAAGGUCUGUGGACGAGAAGAGUACCUGAUUGGUAAUUCCCCGCUGUGUAAUUUCCUUUGGAUUAGGACCUGUCUCAAAAGGUCGCAGGAACUUCACCUGAUGAUCACGAACAUGAAGUCUCUUCCAGAGGACACUGUGAGAGGUGAAGCCUGCCCCCUGGUGGACAAUCUGACAAGUCUGUCCAGCUUUCACGAGGACCUGGCUCUUGACGGGAAGGAGAUGGAUGAGGUCCUCAUGAUCUCUUUGUGGGAUUGCGAGAGGAAGUUCAGGGUUAAACUUGUGGGCUUUGAUGUCCCUGAGCUGCCAACCAAAGCACCACAAAAUGUUCAGGUCGAGGCUUUGAUCAUCUUUGGAAACAAGAUACUCUCGUCUGUGUGCUCAACCCCAAAAGCCUUUAGCGAUGAGGUUCUGUGGAACACGUGGCUUGAGUUCGACAUUCUCUUGAAGAACAUCCCCCGUGGCUCCAAGCUUGGAUUCAUCAUUAACGCCUAUGACAGCUCCACAGCAAAGGAGUCAAAGUCGCCAACCAAUGCAGGAAAGGUGCCAGACUAUCAGAGAUGCAAGGGAAGCGUGCUGUAUUUUGUGAACCUUCAGCUGAUCGACCACAGGUCUGUGCUCAGCCAGGGGCCCCACAUCCUUCACAUGUGGCCUUUCCCCGAGCAAGAGGAAGAGGUUUUCACCUUUGAGGCCGACAAACUGUCCACGGCCACCAACCCUGACGUGGCUACGUCCAUGGCCAUCACCUUCCUUUUGGAUCGCUACAGUUUCCCCGUUGUCAUCCCACACAGCCGAGGCAUUCCCAACACCCUGUCCCCUCCAAGCGUCACAUCACCAACAUCUAGUAAUUCCAGUUCGCCAUCCGGUCAGUCCACCCCUUCUCCAACGUCUCCUUCAAAAUCAGUUGACCUGGAAGUGAAAUCUCCCUCGUCGCCCUCGACAUCCACGGUGUCCCACAGAGACAGACUGAGGAGGUUCCGGGAGGAAAGCGUCCGUUACACCUCGAACCUGCCCCAGUUCCUGCGAAGCAUUGAUUGGCUGAACCCUGACGCUGUCCAGGACAUCCAUUGGCUGUUGGGCCACUGGCAGCCACAUGACCUUGAACUUCCUGUGGCUUUGGAGCUCCUGAGCGUGAACUUUGCGGAUGAAAGGGUCAGAGGCUUGGCGGUCCAAAGGCUGGAGCUGCUGUCCAACGAAGAGGUGCUAAGGUACCUUCUCCAGCUGGUUCAGACCCUUAAAGUGGAGCCUUAUCAUGACAGUAGUCUGGCCAGGUUCCUCAUCCAAAGAGCCCUCAGAAGUAAGAGAAUCGGGCACUUUUUCUUCUGGUACUUACGAAGUGAAGUGGCUGGAUGUCCAUUCUUUCGUGAACGCAUGGCAGUGAUUUUGGAGGCGUACUUGUUGGGCUGCGGUCAGGCCAUGCAGUCAAGCUUUCAACAACAAGUCCAGGUGGUGGACAACUUGCAUGAAGUGGCAAGUGCUGUGAAGAAACUAUACCCUGACAAGAGUGAUCUCCCACCCUCAGCUGCACAGAAACUGCAGGAGUUGCUGCAGAGCUACAGCUUUCCGUCUUCGUUCCAGGUGCCUUUUGACCCCCGCGUUCGAGCUGGACAGAUUCAGCUGGACAGAUGCAAAAUCAUGGCCUCCAAGAAGAAGCCCUUAUGGCUGGAGUUCUCAUGUGUUGACCCGCACGGCUCUGCCAGUCCUCCAGUGGGAAUCAUAUUCAAACAGGGCGAUGAUCUCAGACAAGACAUGCUCGUCAUCCAGACAUUGAACAUUAUGGAUUCAAUCUGGCAGGAAAGAUCUUUGAAUCUCAACCUCGUACCCUACGGAUGUAUAUCCACUGGGCACAACAUUGGCAUGAUCGAGAUUGUGCGAGAUGCUGUCACCAUUGCCGCAGUGCAGAGGAGCCAAGGAGGAAAUAAAGGAGCAUUUAAGAACGAUGCCCUGUUCGAGUGGCUCAAGGACAAGUGCCCAUUGCAGGAAAUUCACUACCAGGCGAUGGAGAGGUUUGUCAACUCACUAGCGGGGUACUGUGUGGCCACCUUCGUGUUGGGAAUUGGAGAUCGCCACAAUGACAACAUCAUGAUUACUGACAAAGGUAAUCUAUUCCACAUUGACUUUGGCCACAUCCUGGGCAACACCAAGAGUUUCCUGGGGAUGAACAGAGAGAGGGUGCCCUUCGUCCUCACCCCAGAUUUCCUCUUCGUCAUGGGCAGGGUGAAGGGACGCUCCAGCCUCUACUUCCAAAGGUUCCGGGACAUAUGCAUCGAGGCCUACCUCUCGCUGCGCUCCCAGUCGCGGCUGCUGGUGACGCUCUUCUCCCUGAUGCUGCUGACGGGCAUCCCGGAGCUGAGCACGUCGCAGGACAUGCGCUACCUGCGCACCGCGCUGCAAGAGGAGCGCGGGGAGGAAGCGGCGCGACAACACUUCCUGCAACAGAUUGCCAUCUGUGAGCAGCUGGGCUGGACGGUGCAGGCCAACUGGUGGUUUCACAUGGUGGCAGGGAUUAAAUAAAUACACUGUAAAAAAAAAUAUCACAAGUUUACUAUUCCAAGUUAAUUUAAAGGGACACUGUGUGAGAUUUUUAGUUGUUUAUUUCCAGAAUUCAUGCUGCCCAUUCACUAAUGUUGCCUUUUUCAUGAAUACUUACCACCACCAUCAAAUCCAAAGUAUUCAUGAUUAUGACUGGAAAAUUGCACUUUUCAUUCAUGAAAAGGGGGAUCUUCUCCAUGGUCCGCCAUUUUGAAUUUCCAAAAAUAGCCAUUUUUAGCUGCAAAAAUGACUGUACUUGGACCAUACUAGAAAACAUUAGUUUAUUACUUAGUAAACUUUCAUGAAAAGGUGAAAUUUGGCAAUAGGCAUCACAGUUUCUAUGAGCAGCAUAGUUGCAGUACCAUGUUUGACCAUUUCCUGCACAGUGUACCUUUAAAGGGACUGAACCGUCCACUGUUUCUGUGAAUGUGCUCAUAUCUCACCUCCCUCCAAGUUGAAUGAUUGAGUGUUUGUUUUCUACCAGUCGUUCUCUGUGGCUGUCAGAAAUGUUGGGCCCCAUGAAAGAUUCGAGUUUUAUAAUAAUCAUAAUAAUUGUAUUUGUAUAGCACUGUAUCAUACAAGGCAUGCAACUCAAAGUGCUUAACAAAUGGCAAAAAAACAUCAUUGUUAGAGAUGGAUUUAAAAGGAGAGGUAGAGAGGAGAGACAGAAAUAGCAGGAAGGCAGAGGAAGAAGAGAUAGAUAGAGAUUGUAGAGUCAUAAGGUCAACGUAGCUUAGGACCAGGAUUCUUAGAUGUGUAAGGUCCAUAGAGGCUGGGUCAAGCAUAAGUCAUAGAUAGUCACACUGAAUUUGGGCGCUCAGAUGUGGCCCCUGGUGGGAUCAGGGGUGAGGAAAAACUCCCUUUUACUUGAUUCAUAGUUUGCAGGGGGAAAAAGCUCAAUGGAGGUAUGAGGGGAAAAAAACUAUAGCCAGGAAGAAACCUCAGGCAGAGACCGGCGGCCACCUAGGGGAGCCCCCUGCCAGGGCUGGUUGUGAACAGUAAGGACUUAAGGGCCCUUAAGGGCCCCUGUCAGUGCUGUCAGUGCUUGGGCCCUUAGAAUCUGUAACACCUCCCCCCCCCCUAACGGCACCCAUGCUGGUGAUAUUGCUUCUUGGCAUAUACUAUAACUAUAUUAUUGAACCGAUUGGGACCUCUUCACCAUUCAUUUUUUUGAUUGGAUUUCUCUUGUUUUACCAGCCGUUAUCUGUGUCUGGUGAUAUUCCUUCUUAGCAAAUACAUCAUUGAACCGAAUGGGAACUCUUGUUACCAUUCAAUUUUUGAUACCACCCGGUUCAUUUUCAGUUUGAAGUCCAUGCAGCUGAAACAUCAAUAAAACAUGGAGCAGAGU